UAAAAGAAGAAGGUGGGGAAUUUGCCAUAUUGAAUACAUUACAUUAUCCAAUAUUAUUUUAUUCGACGAUCUAUUAAACGGAGUUUUAUUUCUUUGUUGAACUUCAAUGUAUCUAGUGUUAUAUUUUCCAGUUACUUAUCCCUACUCAAAGAGCAAAGUGGUUGGAAAGUCUCUGAGAUACAUGUUUAAAAGGAACACAGUCGGUUGUCUGAUUUCUCUCUUGUAUUGUUGAUAAGUGCCAAGUUUUUCGGUUAGUUUACAGAUUCGUAAACAGAUUACAAAAAUCCUCUCGAAAUUCGUGUGAAAAACAAUAAUAGAAGUAUCGAUGUCGUGUUCAAUUGAAAAAGAAAAUGAACAAAGUAAAGAACUUCGUAAUGAAGAUCUUUCAAAAACUAAAAGUAACCUCUACAAAGACGAUUUAUCUAAUAAUUCAAAUAAAACUACAAAGUUAGAUAUGAAAUCAAUAGAAAAGAAAAUGCAAAAUGUGCCAAAGUUAAUGAUCUAUGGGAAAGAAUUAAAGAUUAUGUUAAAUUGUGACGACGAAUUUAAAAAAAAAGCCGAAAAUGAACUUCGCGAGACACCGGAAUUAGUGGCUGAAAGUUUGAAAAUUAUUCGAGAACUGGUAAAAGGUGAUGAAAAUUUGGUUAUACCAGAUUUAGAUGAAUUUUACAUCAAAUUUUUACGACCAUGCAAAUGGUAUCCGAAUAGUGCCUUUCACUUGAUUCAAAGAUAUUAUAAGUUUUUUAUAAAUUAUCCAUUCCUAAAGGAAAAGUUUACGUUAUUCGAUUUAAAGAAUGCUGUUUCCUCGGAAUUAAUUGUACCUCUUCCGGUACGUUGCAACGACGGUAGCAGACUUAUACUUAUACACGGUGGAUCAAAAUGGAAACCAAAAGAAUACUAUAUCUACGAUAUGUUUAAAUGUAUCAUGUUCAUGUUCGAAGGAAUUAUUAUAGAACCUCCAACGCAGAUUGCUGGAAUACAAGUAAUAUUUGACAUGAAUGGUUUACCAUUCAGUCAUGUGACUCAUGUAACACCAAAAUUUGCUGCUAUGACGGCGGACUGGGUUCAAAGAUCCUUCCCCUCUCGUCUGAAGAACAUUCAUAUUAUCAAUCAGCCUUACAUAUUCAAUAUGAUUUUUACUAUAUUUAAACCAUUCCUUUCGGAAAAAUUACGUAACAGAAUUCACUUUCACGGGACGAAUAGAGAAAAGUUAAUAAAUAUAGUAGGUGAGGAAGCGUUACCUAAAGAAUAUGGUGGUUCGGAUCUAUCUAUUGGUCCUAUAGGGGAGAGUUUCUGGCAGUACUUCUAUUAUUGGAAUGAAGAAUUUGAAGAAAUAUUUAAAUAUGGAUAUGUUGAAAAGUGUUGAGAAGCAAUUAAUAAAUAAAUGCAAACUUGCUAAGGUAUCGUUCGAAAUAAUAAUCAUUCCGAUUAUUUUAUCAUCAUUAUUACAUAACUUAAGCAACUUUGAUUGUUAAUAAUUAAUUGAUUUAAAAUAAUAAAAAAAUUGUGUUUAUUG